AUGAGCGAACUACCGGGGACUGCUUCGAUAGUCCAGAGGCACGUCAACCCAGAAGUUGAGAAAGAGUUCUGUUUCCAAACGAUCUAUGGAGUAGCAGAGCACAUAUGUCACCAGCUUCUUCUCAGCAGUGAUAUACCACAUUUCAUCGAAAGCCCAGCCCAUGAUCGCCACAGUCUCCAUAAAUUACCCAAGAAUUGCCACGGCACUGGCAGCAUCUUGCAAUACCCGACACCGAAUAAUACCGGAGAUCAGCACUCUAGUUCGUGUGAUGUUAGAAUCAUCUUGCAUUACAUGAGGGACCAGCCGAAAAUCAAAAGUCUUUUACAAGAAGCAUUUAAAAUCGAAAACGAAAGUCGUCACCCAGGCAUUCUCGGUAGCGCCCAGGAGAAAACGAACGAUAGAGGAGCCUCCGAGCGAGAUACUCCGGGCUCUGUCAGCUUUUAUCGUGUCUGCGUCAAAAAAGAACGUCUGCAAAUGCAUCUGAGUGCUCAAGCCGGUACUGCCAUUACCAUUCAGGUCAGAAAUAUAUUGGACGAUAUAUCGGCCAGAUAUGAGGGCCGAAGACAGAGUUCCAACGCGUUGUCCGUUUCCGAGGGCCAGCGGAUUGCCAGAUUCCUCUACUCGGGCUUGGAAAUUGUGGGUUCCGUCGAGCAAGAGCUUCAUGAAAAAGAAUUUCGCAGGAAUAAAAAGGACAAUGAGCUACUUGAAGAGAGUGAUAAGAUCGCUAAUUGUUUCCGAAAAAUCUUGGGGCCUAAGACCGGGGAAGCCAGGAACAUCAGGAGCUCUUCUUUCGAAGCAUUGGCCAGCUUUCUCAAAUUGAACGGCAACAACACCAGAGCCCGUUUGGUAACUCUGAUAGGCAGUCAUAACUUGAACAUUCCUGAUGAGAUUCAACAAGAAUAUCAGCAUAUGGAUUUCAACAUUGUGCUUUAUCUCAUCGACCAAGAGCUACUAGGUCACGAGACCCCAUCGGCACCAAAAGAAUCGGCGGAACAAGUUCGAAUCAUCAUGAGCACGAUCCUUUGGCUCAACCUUCUUUUCCCCCUAGAACAUGGCAGGAAAGGCUCUUCAAACAACACUCUCAUUACUAUUUCAAACGACAUCUCGCCUGGCUGGGUUCCGAUCGCCAACGCCGCUUCCUGGAGGAGGGUGAUGACAGGUGGAGCGACGACGAUCUCGUCACACUGGACAUUCUUUGGGAAUUGUUCCAUACACAUGAGGAGCGACCAAUUCAACUGGGAUUCGGCAUGGCCUGCCAUGGCAUGUUGA